AUGGGAUCCAAGGACCAGGGCGGAGGGGCCGCCUCCUCGGGCGGCGGCUUCUUCUCGUCGUUCGCCGCCGGCAUGCGUAGCUGGGGCACCGCCGUCCACAAAUCCGUCAACGGGCUGCUUGGUUAUGAAGGCCUUGAAGUUAUUAACCCCGAUGGAGGCACAGAUGAUGCCGAAGAAGAAGCUUUGAAGGGACGAUGGAAGCAGGAGGAUCGUGAUAGCUAUUGGAAGAUGAUGCACAAGUACAUAGGAUCAGAUGUUACAUCACUUGUGACACUUCCAGUCAUAAUUUUUGAGCCAAUGACAAUGCUUCAGAAAAUGGCCGAGUUGAUGGAAUACUGUGAAUUGUUAGACAAAGCAGAUGAAUGUGAGGAUCCAUACAUGCGUAUGGUUUAUGCUUCUACAUGGGCUGUUUCGGUGUACUUUGCAUAUCAACGCACAUGGAAGCCUUUUAAUCCUAUCCUUGGAGAGACUUACGAGAUGGUUAACCACCAAGGCAUUUCAUUUCUUGCUGAGCAGGUAAGCCAUCAUCCCCCAAUGGGUGUUGCUCACUGCGAGAAUGAACAUUUUACUUAUGAUAUCACGUCUAAGUUGAAGACCAAGUUCUUGGGAAAUUCAGUGGAAGUUUACCCAGUUGGAAGGACUAGAGUGACACUUAAAAAAUCUGGUGUCGUGUUGGAUUUGGUGCCACCGCUAACAAAGGUUAACAACCUGAUAUUUGGGCGCACUUGGGUUGAUUCUCCUGGAGAGAUGGUCAUGACAAACCUGACAACUGGAGACAAAGUUGUGCUAUAUUUCCAGCCAUGCGGCUGGUUUGGGGCUGGCCGUUACGAGGUGGAUGGGUACGUGUACAGUGCAGCAGAAGAACCCAAAAUAAUGAUUACAGGGAAAUGGAAUAAGUCUCUGAGUUGCCAACCAUGUGACCAAGAAGGCGAUCCUCUUCCAGGCACGGAGCUGAAGGAGAUCUGGAGAGUUGCUCCUACCCCACAGGGUGACAAGUAUCAGUACACACACUUUGCACACAAAAUAAACAGCUUCAACACGGCACCUAAGAAGCUGUUGGCAUCUGAUUCGCGGUUGAGGCCUGAUAGAUAUGCCCUCGAGAAGGGUGACAUGUCUAAGUCUGGCGCAGAGAAGAGCAGGCUUGAGGAACAACAGAGAGCUGAGAAAAGAACUCGAGAGGCCAAGGGCGAGCAAUUUACUCCAAGAUGGUUCAACAUGACAGAUGUGGUUGCUCCUACACCGUGGGGUGACCUGGAAAUUUAUGAAUACAACGGCAAAUACACAGACCACCGGGCUGCCAUAGACAGCUCCAAUGUCACCGACGAGACAGAUGUCACUUCAAUCGAGUUCAACCCAUGGCGAUAUGGUAGCUCAUCUUCUCAAUGA